AUGGCGGGCAUCGAGCAGUUGGAGAUUCACAGCAAGUCCUACAUCGUCCGAUGGGUGAGAGUGGACGCAGGACACAGCAUAUCGUGGAGUGUCCAGCCACAUAAGAAGUCCAUAAAUUUCGGCAUCGUCAAGCAUCCAGGCACAGGCGGGACGAAUCUUACGUCGCAAUCCGAAGGCGCCGUUUCGCCCGACCUCCAAUCCGACAACGCCCAAGACGGCAAGGCCGGCCUCUUUUCCAAGAAAGACAACAGCACCGCGCAAGCUCAGCUCGCAAAGAAGGGGUUUAUCCCGAUAAAAUGGCAUGGGAAAUGCGAGGCCGACAAGGUCUCGAUAGGGACCUACGACGUCACCGACGGAGGCAUGUUUGGCCUCGUAUUCGACAACACUUUCUCUAAGCAGACCUCCAAGACGGCGACCUUCGUUGUCCUCACAUAUCCUACUGGUGCUCCGCCCCAGACAGCACACCACCUUCCUAAUCUUCAAGCCGGACCCAUAGCUAGCGCGAGCAGGACUAGUCUAGGAAAGCACAACAGCCCACGGCUGGGCGCAGUCGGCUCGGACUCGGUUGACAGCUUGCAUAGUCACAAAACCGGAGGGCGGCCUUUGUCCAAGGCGGGGCGCAGUGAAGGGGCCACUACGCCUGCCUCAUACCAUGUUGGGACCCUGCUGAAGAGGAGACGGAAGAAGGGCCAGGGCUACGCGCGCCGGUUCUUCUCUCUCGACUACGCCACUUGCACGCUCUCCUAUUACCACAAUCGCAACAGCUCGGCCUUAAGAGGCGCGAUCCCUCUGAGUUUGGCCGCCAUUGCAGCAGAUGAGCGGCGGCGAGAGAUCAACAUCGACUCGGGAGCCGAGGUAUGGCACCUGAAAGCCUCCAGCGACAAGGAGUUCAACGAAUGGGCCCGCGCAUUGGAGAGAGCGAGCCGGGUGGCCCGGGGUUUGGAGGCACAGCCCGUCGAGCCGGGCCUGGGAGGAGCGCAGGUGGCUCGCCCGGCAAAACCCGCGCCUAACAUGCAGCAAGAGGAGGACAGGGAGUGGCAGCAGGUCGAGGCUCUUGUCAGCAGGAUCGUGGGCACGAGGGACGCAUUACGACGGCUAGUCAAGGAUAUGGCAGCACAGAAGCAGGCCCACCUCAAUGGCUCCCCGCCUCCUAUACCGGAAGACUGGGACAGCACCUCGGCUCUACAGACCGAGAAGAGACCAUUUUGGAAACGCAAGACCAGCGGUUCAUAUCUCACGCCUCAGGCACCGGUGACAAGUGCUCCCAAUGCCACAGCUAACGGUCGCGAAUCCGUACACCGAAAUUCGAGAGGCCAAGUGCCCGAGGGGCAGACUGCCCAUGAUCAUUGCACCGCGCUCCUAGGCGACCUGGAUUCGGUAGUACAGGAGUUCUCCAACCUACUCUCUACGAGCAAGCGCCGCCGCUUGCCCGUGCCCACUUUGACAGCACCACGGACGAGCUUCGAGUCCUCCACGUCGACGGAGGAGUUCUUCGACGCCGAGGUCGGUGACAUGGACAGAUCUCAGUUGGUGAUGAUCAAGCAUCAGAGCGAAGAAGACAUGCCCACGUCAGACGCGGAUGAAGGCUCCAUACACUCCUCGUCGUCCGUGUCCUCGGCGGCUGACGAAGAUGACAUAUACUCCGCCGACGGAUCCAGCAACCUCUACCCGGUGAAGCCCAAGUCGCUCACCCCGCUCCCUAUCACCGAAGCCGUGGCCCGCCGCACCACCAUCCCCAAGGCCACCGUCCUGCCGCCGAGCCUCAUCGCCUUUGUGCGCAAGAACGUCGGCAAGGACCUCAGCACCAUCAGCAUGCCCGUGUCCGCCAACGAGCCGACGUCGCUCCUCCAGCGGGUCGCCGAGCAGCUCGAGUACGCCAACCUGCUGGACACGGCCGCCAAGCAGAAGCUCCCCGGGGAGCGGCUCCUGUACGUGACGGCCUUCGCCGUCUCGCAGUUCAGCAGCGGCCGGGCCAAGGAGCGCGCGAUCCGCAAGCCCUUCAACCCGCUCCUCGGCGAGACGUAUGAGCUCGUGCGCUCCGACAAGGAGACGCCCGGGGGGUUCCGGCUGCUCGUGGAGAAGGUGACGCACCGGCCGGUCCGGCUCGCGAUGCAGGCCGACAGCGCGUCGUGGUCGUUUGCGCAGUCCCCCGCGCCUACGCAGCGGUUCUGGGGCAAGUCGGCGGAGCUGACGACCGAGGGCCGGGUGCGGGUCUCGCUGCGGCUGCCGGACGGGUCGGACGAGCGCUACAGCUGGAACGUGGCGACCGUGUUCCUGCGCAACGUGGUCAUGGGCGAGAAGUACGUCGAGCCCGUCGGCACCAUGCACGUGUGCAACGACAGCACGGGCGCCCGCGCGACGGUCGAGUUCCGCUCCAAGGGCAUGUUCGGCGGGCGCGGCGAGGACGUGCUCGCCGACGCGUACGGGCCCGACGGGACGCGCUCCGGGCCGGGGCUGGCGGGGACGUGGACGGCCGGGCUCAAGACGGUGGAGCACGGCAGCGUGGGCGCGGGCCGGGAGAUCUGGAGGCCCGGCCAGCUCGUCGGCGGCGCGGCCGACACGUACGGCCUGACCGUGUUCGCGGCGGGGCUGAACGAGGUGACGGUGCUCGAGGAGGGGAGGCUGCCGCCGACGGACACGCGCCUGCGGCCGGACCAGAGGCUCGCCGAGCAGGGGAGGCUGGACGAGGCGGAGGAGUGGAAGGCGCGGCUCGAGGAGGCGCAGAGGGCGCGGAGGCGGGCGCAGGAGGAAAAGGGAGAGGAGUACCGGCCGCGGUGGUUCGUGCGGGCGGCGACGGCGCAGGACGGGGAGGAGGUGUGGAGGAUCAAGGGCGGGAAGGACGGGUACUGGGAGGAGAGGGCGAGGGGCGGGUGGAACGGGGUGGAGGAUAUCUUUGCGGGGUAG